GGAACCAGGAAGUUUGAACCUUGUGCUACUAGAGACAUUUCAGUUCACUUGCAGUAUGAAUUUGAAGGAUCUUGUAAGUCAUUUAAUUUUUGAGGUUACAUACGGUUCCUGAAGAACGUAUGAAAAUUGCUGCUCUUUUGGCAGAGAAAAAGAGUACAAAUGAGAAUUCAUGGAUGUAUGAGAAACCGAAAGAUGAUCCCGAAGCAUUUUUGUUAGGAAAACAAGUUCAAAGCUUAAACCAAAUUCAGGAAAUCGGUAAAGAAUAUGAUGAAUCACCUGCUCAACGACUUGCUAGAUUUGAUAUGGAAGCCAAAUUUCGUGAAGAUCCUCUGACAAUUAUGAAGCAAAGAGAAGCGGAAAAACGAAUAGAACUGCUUCAGAAUACUGCUAAAGUUAGGAAGCUUCGAAGACUUCUAACAGAGCAAAAAUUGCGUAAAGAAAAACGUAAAAGUAAAAAACAUUUAAAACAAAAACGUCUGCAUAAAAGUUCAGAUGAAUCAGAGGGAGGUAGUUCAGAUGAUGAAUUACUGAAUAAGUUCAUUGAAAUUAUUCAUCAAUCUAAUGAACUGAAAGAGGAUAGUUCACAUAAAUCUAUGGAUAAAUGUAGUAAAGAAUCAUCUAGUACUGUUAAAAAACAACUUUCAAAUCCUUAUGAUCAGGAACAUGCACUUUCAGACCAAAAGUGUUCAAAUGUGAACAGAAAACAUCAUUCAGGACGUAAUCAAUCAAUUUCAUCCUCUUCAGAAAGAUCUAACUAUCACAAAUCAUCAUCGAAUCGACAAAAGUUAUCCAAAGAAGAAAUCGAAGCUAAGCGAGCCCAAAUGAUUUCUGAUGCAAAAGAACAUGAAAAAGAACGUUUACAUCGUUCCACUACUCACUAUAAGAUAAAAAAGAAUGAAGAGGAAAGGGAAUUAGCCUCGAAAUUUUCUCAUGGACCAUCAUUUAUUAGUCAUUUAAAAAACCAACACGUUGACAGGACUACUUUAGAAGAAGGUAUUCAUCGUAAGGCUAGUAAUCGUCAGAAAGGGGAGCUUCAUGAUAAUUUUAUCAAACGCUAGAAAAGGUCUUUUAAUUUUCUGAUUAUAUUGUAAAUAAAAAAAUGUUUCUUUGAUAAAUUGCAUAAAUGUAA